AUGGCCAACUUCCUAGCAUCCAUCUUCGGCACCGAGCUCGACAAGGUCAACUGCUCCUUCUACUUUAAAAUCGGCGCCUGCCGCCACGGCGACCGCUGCUCCCGCAAGCACGUCAAGCCCUCGUACUCGCAGACGAUCCUCAUGCCGAACCUGUACCAGAACCCGGUGUACGACCCCAAGAACCGCAUGAACCCGUCCCAGCUGCAGAACCACUUCGACGCCUUCUACGAGGAUAUCUGGUGCGAGCUGUGCAAGUACGGCGAGCUGGAGGAGCUUGUCGUGUGCGACAACAACAACGACCAUCUCAUCGGAAACGUGUACGCGCGGUUCAAGUACGAGGAGUCGGCGCAGCUGGCCUGCGAUGAGCUGAACUCGCGCUGGUACGCUGGCCGCCCCAUCUACUGCGAGCUCAGCCCCGUCACCGAUUUCCGCGAGGCCUGCUGCCGCCUGAACUCGGGGGAAGGCUGCGUCCGCGGCGGCUUCUGCAACUUCAUCCAUCGCAAGAACCCUAGCGAGGAGCUGGACCGGGACUUGACCCUCAGCACCAAGAAGUGGCUGAGGUUGAGGGGCAGGGACGAACGAAGUCUGAGUCGGUCGCCGUCGCCGGAACCAAACAAGUAA